AUGAAUUGUCAUGAGCAAGACGCUUCUCCUUUUCCCUUUGUUCCACUUCUCAGACUGGAUCUCUCCAUGACGACCUGGCCAUUUACUCGCAUGUGCAUUAGUGUCGCCCUCAUGGUCUCAGGAUGCUCCGCCUCGCAUGACGUCAAGGUGUCGGGUUUAAAGUCGCGAUUUGACCUUUCGGGUGACGAUGUGGAGCCGGAGCUCGAUGAGCUGGUUGGAAAAGCGCAGGCUGAUGGGCUCUGUCAGCCGGAAUAUACAGUUACAAAUCGUACUGCUGUACUGCGUACGGCGACCGGCCGAGGUGGUGUACAGACGCAUGAUAUGGACGAUUUCUCUGUAUCCUCUUUAAAUGUGUUGCUGAACGCGCUUGACGCAAAGCAGGCCGCCUUUCCAAAGGUUUCUAUGGCGCUGCUGUUCGAAUACAAGAUGGUCUGCGAUCCAUCGCCAUCCUUAGCAAAGAAGCAGGCGGCAGUUGAGUCCUUGCCGGCGACUACACCAAGGAGUCGCAGCGGGAAGCUGUUGCAACAGCACGAGGCUGCGCUGGAUAGGAUUACGGACGGCAGCCUCAAGCACCUGGAUCUAAUGCGGCAUUGGAAGUGUACGGACCAGGGGUGUACCAAUCUUAACAGCUACUGCUUUCUCGACGGCGGCGAGCAUUAUGUUCUCCUCACCAAGCAACAGGAGGUAUGGGCCAAUGCUAUAGCUCGCGGUGAGGCUACCGUCUUAGUGCCUCCAAUGAAGCUGCUGAAGGAACUCCAAAAGGACGGGCCUGUGGGCGCGAUGUAUCGUCGAACGGCCAAGACAGCAAGAGCGCAGCAGGCGACGAGUACUAUGGACGACAUUAAGGCGAUGAUGAAGCAGACGGUGGAGUUUUCUAGCACGCAGCAGAUGAUGGCUAUGGCAGAUAAAAUCUCGAAUAUCCAGCAGCCUCAGCAGCAGUCUACCCUCCUCCUCCUCUGCCGCCGUACUACCAACCAAACCCCACCGACGCCUCCGCCUCCACCUCCGCCCGUGCCUCCGGUGCAAGCCCCGGAUACUACAGCAUCUACUCGGCCAAGGAGCUCAAGUCCUGUAUAUCCAGAGGAAGAGGAUGCGGAUACACUGGACGCUUUCUUCCAUUGGAAAAUCAACACUAUACAGAACGCUGGCGUGCGUCAACGGUGGCAGCAUGCGGCUCAGGUUGUGAUAGAUCAGGCAUGGGAUAUUACUUUCCUCCGUCAGAUGAUAAACAGGAGCUCGGAGGCGCAUCGCGCGGCUAUGCAAACUGGGUAUUUUGGAUGGAGUAGCCGUCAAGUUUGCUGAGGAACUGCACAAGUUUAAGCAGCCAUAUCGACAGAAUAAGGCGGCGUUUGAUCUCGUUCUGCUACAGAACAGGGUGCAGGGCAAUAACACGCAUAUGUAGUGGGUAGCUAGUGCUUUUU